AUGCCAUCUACAUCUUCAGAAAAAGAGGACGAGAUAUUAAAUUAUGUGAAAAACACAAUGGGGAGCAUCUUAGCCAAACUGGACAAUCAAGAUAACACAACACUCAAUACAUUCUUGAAGACUAAAAUAAAAAACCUGAAGAUGGAAAAGAAGGAAUUGGUUGGUGUCUUUGGAAAAACUGGAGCUGGAAAGACAUCUUUGAUAAACACUGUAAUAGAGGAGAAGAUGCUUCUACCUUCUGGAAGUGUUGAUGCCUGUACCUCAGUCGUGACUAAAGUGGAGGCUAACAAAUGCAAUGGAAUAUAUGAGGCAGAGAUUGAGUUCAUCUCACCAGAGGAGGACAACGGAAGCGCCAGCUUAAGACAAGAGAAUGGCAGAAAUAAGGAAGUGCGUGAUCUUCUUGACCAAACUCUAAGUCUACAAACUGAGUCAGUCAGAAAUGAAAUGGCCAAAAUUACAAGAGCCUUUGAAGAACACCUUCAAGAAGGAGUUGAGAAAUCCAAAAGCUCAUAUGAAGAAAUCUUGAGGGCUGCCCUGUAUCCCAAGGGUAAGAGUGGCCGGGGAUUCCAUAAGCAGCUGAAAAAAGCAGUAGAGAAUGGCGGCAUCUGGAAACCUAAAAAGGGAAAAGAAAUAAAUCUCAACAUGAAAUUAACCUCCUGUCUGACUGAAAGCAUUGACAAGCUAUUCAGAGAAACCUUUCCAAAAGAGGGACAUUGUGGACCAUUCAAUGGAGCGAUCAAUAAUUUUACACUUGGCACUGAUGGACUAAAACAAACAUACAAAGAUGUGGAACUGCAGCUGCUAUUCCUCAAGUCAGAGGAAGACUGGCUUAAAACAUACCUAAGCAAAACUAUUCUUAAGCUAAAAAAAACUGUCUUCACAAGUCUGAUAAAGACAAUUGAGGAAACCAUGCAAGACUGCUACAAAAAAGCAGCAGUAAUUUCAGGCACUGGUACACUGUUGAAAAUGCAGGAAACUAUUGAGAAACAUGUAUUAGAUUCAAAGGACAACAUGUUUGAAAAUGCUAAAAAUGUUAUGAUGAACCAACUAGACAACUUGAUGAUGGCAAUUCUGAGAGGACUGGAGGAUAGAAUGAAGGAAGCUAUUGAGGUCUCACUUGGGACUGAUAAUCAGUCAAUUCCAGAUGUUUCCGAGGAGUUUGAAUUCGUGCAAAGACUCUACGACGAGCUUCUGCAAAUCAGCCAAAACAAGGGAACACUUUAA